UAGCUUCCACGUUGAUGAAUAGCUCACUUGCUCUCUUUGCGUACUAUGUAACGGUUAAGUAACGCCAGCAUUUUUUAAUGUGCAUGCGGACAUUUUGGCGGUUAAGUAAUUGUUUAAUUCACGUCAAGGUCACCCGGGCCUCUUGAAGAUAAUGUAGAGGUUUUUUUUAGAAGAAACUAUCGUGUCGGUGCUGUUCUUGGAGAGCGACAUUGAAGCAUCCUUGACUGCCUUUAUAGGAGAUGUUCACCCGCCUAAUCUACCGAGCUCAUCAUGGGUGAUGCUGAGAAAGGAAAGAAGGUUUUUGUCCAGAAGUGUGCUCAGUGCCACACUGUGGAGCAAGGGGGCAAGCACAAGGUGGGCCCCAAUCUGCAUGGACUGUUCGGACGCAAGACCGGAAUGGCGGAGGGCUACUCCUACACAGAUGCUAACAAGAGCAAAGGUAUCGUCUGGGGCGAGGACACCCUCAUGGAGUACCUGGAGAACCCCAAGAAGUACAUUCCUGGAACCAAAAUGAUCUUCGCUGGCAUCAAGAAGAAGGGAGAGCGUCAGGACCUCAUUGCGUACCUCAAGUCAUCAACAUCGUGAAAAUGUUAAGAAAGGCAAACAAAAAUCAGAAUAUUUAAUGUACUUGUUUAGGUUAUAUUCAGCUCCAUACGUGUUCAGUAUCUGGUUUUAUGUUUAGUCAUUUGUACAGAAGGUGUAUUUAUUUCAUACAUGUUGGGUGAAAAUGGAAAGGAAACGGUUCCAGGAGAUGUACAAGUGACCAAACAUAACACUGCAGCCCUUAUUAUUGGUGGAUCUGUCCUAAUAAAUGCUAAUCUAAUUUUAAAUAUUACUUGCCAUGAUAGGUGGCCUGACCUGUCAUUCAUUCUGUUCACCAUGACAACGGUUCAUUUUUCACAUUAUAACUCAUAAAAGUAAGCAAAUAUCAGAUAAUCGGGGAAAUGUUGGGAUAUCUGGUAGGGUUUUGGUAUUAAGUUUCAACUUUUUUAUGAGCGCUCCUAAAUUUCCACAUGCUGAACUUGGACAAUACCUCCUUUUGUGUUUCAUUACAACUGAAAAGCCCCUCUGAGCUCUUGUUUUAUCUCCUGCCUGGCAGCAGAUUUGAUGUACGUUGAGGUAAUGAAUCAUGCUAAGGGUCACACGCUUGAUAUCUGCCUCUGCACAGCGAAGAAAUGUGAGUGUUUAAUAUCUAUCGCGGCCUUUUAAAAACCACCAACUAUGCUCAGAGUGUGAAAUCAGCUGGCAAACAGUCACCAUGCCUAACAAUGUUGCAGCGCUUCUGUUUUCUGAAACACUACCAAGGGUACCAUCUGGGUUGACAGAUUAUAUUCACCUGGUUUCACAGACUGCAAGUGUCGGUUUAAUUUAUUUUACUGUAUUCGGUGCUCUAAAGACAGGACUUUGUAGCUGUGUUGUUUGGUUUUGGACAGAAAGGUUGAAAGGUCAAAAUAAAAACUUCAGAAGCAAAA